AGUCUCCUACUGAAUCUGUUACAGUUUUAACACUAAAAUGAAGACGACUCUGAUCUUCCUCGCUGUGGUGGCCAUGACUUCGGCUCGAGGUGUCAACUUUGUGGACAACAACCCACCAAAUGGAGGAAGUGGAAAUGAAGUCAACUUUGUCAACAACAACCCACCAAAUGGAGGAAGUGAAGUUAACUUUGUGAAUAACGCGCCCCCCAAUGAUCAAAACGGACAAGAGGUUCACUUCGUCGAUAACGGAAACAUUGACCCAAGCUUCGGACAGCCUGUCAGACCACCAAACGGUGGCUAUGAACCAAUCGACGCCAGCCCUGCUUUUGUCCAGGGAUAUCGCCCCAAUAUUUACGACAACCCCCUGGCUCGUGGCGGUAAAUAAUAUGCUUGAGUUAAUUAUAUGUUUGUUUUAAAUUAUUUUUAUAGAAUCGUUUUUGUUGUCAUUUUGUUUUUAUUUUAUUUUUUUGUCUUUAUUCAGAAUUCAAUGUAGUUCUAUAUGAAAUGAAUGUAACUUAAUAACAUCUAAUAAACGUCACAAUACAUU